GCGAUGACGUCAUCCCGGAGCGGGGCCGGAGCGCUCGCGCGGCGCGCCGUCGGGACUCCGGUGUGAUGCAGCGGAGCGAGUCCCGGUAAACAUGAAGCGCUCCGCGGAUUCGCGCUGAUCCGACCGGAGGGUACCGGAGGAAACCGUCGGGAUCGCGUGCUGUUAUGAUCGCCGCGGCUCAUGAGUGUCUUUGAGUUUCUGGAGAUGGACAGAAGAGCCUUUCUGGCUGUGAGGAGCAGAUUACCCAGAGACCCCGGUGUGGUGGGCGGAGUCUGUGUGGGGAACGAAGACUCCUCCCCCUGCAGUAGCCAGGGGGAGGGGCCAGAUGACAAACACCUAGAGGAUGUGCUGUGUGAGCUGGGAGCGGGGGCGGAGCUUAAGCUGGAGCUGGACGUGGGGGUGGAGCCUGAGGACGGCAUGGAUCUGCAGGGGGAGGAGCUUCGCUGGGAGACGAAUCCGCACGAGGCAAACAAACUGGAAGAUCAGAGCAACACGAGCCGCAGCACAGCCAGUCCUGAAGCCUCCACAGAUCUCUCCAAAGCAUCAUCUCUGUCGGAGCAGCUCCUGCAGGGCCGUGAGGAGGGGGCGGGGCUAAACAUGGAGUGUCGCAUCUGUGGCGACAGAGCGUCAGGAUUCCACUACGGCGUUCAUGCCUGUGAGGGCUGCAAGGGAUUUUUCCGGAGGACUAUUCGAAUGAAGCUGGAAUAUGAGAAAUGUGAGCGCAGCUGUAAGAUCCAAAAGAAAAGUCGGAAUAAAUGUCAGUUCUGUCGUUUUCAGAAGUGUCUGAUGCUCGGGAUGUCCCAUGAUGCGAUCCGAUACGGGCGGAUGCCGGAGGCAGAGAAGCGUAAGCUAGUCGCGGGUCUGUUAGCGGGAGAAAAGAGCUCUCCGAACACCAGCGGGUCAGAUCUGAAAUCUCUCGCCAAACGGGUCAACAACGCCUACCUGAAGAAUCUGAACAUGACCAAGAAGAAAGCUCGCAACAUCCUGACGGGGAAGACCGACGCAAGCCCGCCGUUUGUCAUUCAUGACAUGGACUCGCUGUGGCAGGCGGAAAACGGGCUGGUGUGGAAUCAGGUGAUUAAUGGAGCUCCGCCCAAUAAGGAGAUUGGCGUGCACGUGUUUUACCGCUGUCAGUGCACGACCGUGGAAACCGUACGAGAACUCACAGAGUUCUCCAAAAGCAUCCCCGGAUUCAUCAACCUUUUCUUGAAUGACCAGGUGACGCUGCUGAAAUACGGGGUCCACGAGGCGAUCUUCGCCAUGCUGCCGUCGCUCAUGAAUAAAGAUGGGCUGCUGGUGGCGAAUGGGCGGGGCUUCGUGACGAGAGAGUUCCUGCGCAGUCUGCGCAAACCCUUCAACGAGAUCAUGGAGCCGAAGUUUGAGUUUGCAGUGAAGUUUAACGCUCUCGAGCUGGACGACAGCGACCUCGCGCUCUUCGUGGCCGCCAUUAUCCUCUGUGGAGAUCGUCCAGGUCUCACGAACGUCCACCAGGUGGAGGAGAUCCAGGACAACAUCCUCCAGGCCCUCAACCAGCACCUGCAGCUCAAUCAUCCCGACGCCAGCUUCAUCUUCCCCAAGCUGCUGCAGAAGCUGGCAGACCUGCGGCAGCUGGUGACGGAGAACGCGCAGCUGGUGCAGAAGAUCAAGAAGACGGAGUCCGAGACGUCGCUGCACCCGCUGCUGCAGGAGAUCUACAAGGACAUGUACUGAGUCGAACCAUUCCAGGCGUGCUGACCGAUCACUGUGACCUUCAGAGUUGUUGUUUUUAUAAAACGGACGAUUUGUCGCUGAUGAAAUCAGCGCAAACUUAACUCUAAACCGGACCGGGUCAGGUUGUGCGGGUCAAAGAGACAACAACAUUCGCCUCAAAUUUCCGCCGUCUUCAAAUCGCAGCAGUGCAUUCCUAUUCAUGAUGGGGACGAAACUUUCUUUGACAACGCAGUGUUACAAAAAUGCAUUGACCAAUAAGACACUUGCGAAAUACUGCAGCGCUACCGCGAUUAAAGCUAUUUCGCCAUCUGAAGUUAAAUACCAAAGGUUGCUGCUAUUUGUGAAAUCCAUUUUCAUUUGUUUGGGUCGUUCGCAAGCUAGCCUUUUGUUGUGUUGCUGAUAAAGUCCAAAACAACGCUAACACCACAUACGAGCGCAUUGUUGUAUUUAAACGCAUGCUUUUGUGUCGAUGUGGCGGUAACAAACCUCAGCACUGAAGGGGCGUUAGAGUUUACUUCAGAUGACUCUUAUUAUACAAGAUGUGUUAUUUUUCUACUAGCUACAUGUAAACACAUUUAACUAACUCUAACUAAUCUGUUCAGCAAGAUUCUGCUCCGUCUUGAUAGCAGUUGAGCUGACUGUAAUGCUAAUUUUCCGUAUAGCGCCCCUUGUGGCGGCAUUGAGAAUGCAACAAGCUCUUGCAUCGUUUUCAUUGUGGAUCGAAUCGUUAUGAAACGCGUUUCAUAAUUAAAUGACACAUGAAACUUUACUAAUCUUAAAUGCUUCAAAACAAGCUUAUUAAAAUAAAACGAUGCUUAAACCAGCCUAUGAUGGCUUGCUGGUCUUUCCUGGUUUAAGCUGGUCUUAUCUGGCCUCCCAGCCUCACCUGCCCAAAACCUUUUUAUAGACCAGCUAGGGAUCUUCCCCAAUCACUAUUGCAACAAUUGGCAGAACGUCAUUACAACUUGCAAACCUCAAACUUUCCAUUUUUUUUAAUUGUGUUUCUUCGUUUGCGUUCCUGAGAAAUGAUGCUGUGAUCACAUUUAUAUCAGAACUCAGAUCAGUGAUUGAAUAUCUGACUCCAGAGUUUGUAUUAAUGUUAUUUAAUAACGCUUUAUUACUUAGUUAUCUGAAUCAAUGACUGUGGUCGCAACACGACGUCCCCAAUCCAGCAUAUCAUGAAGCUGUUCCUGUAGCGGCUGUGACCUUUGACCUCAGUCUGAUGUUGUUUCCCGUGGUUGUGCUGCUAACUGGAUCAUGUAGACAUGCUGUGAAUCUGUGCGUUCUGAACGGAGACGAGCGCCGAUGAAAUGUGUCCAUGUCUUCCUGUCUCAGUUUCCUGGUAAUGUGAAGGGGAACACGUUCCUGCGUCUGCACUGCAGGAUGAACGACCGCUGAUGUUUUCUACAGGCUUUUGUAAAACACCUGAAGAACUUCUGAAUAAAACUACAGGGUAAAACCUCA